AUGUCCGGCCCUCCGCGCGGCCACAGGCGAAAUCUCUCCACCGAAAUCUCCGAGACUGCGCGACUGGACGUGAUUGUGCCCCACGUCUCCGAUCUCGACAUAGCUGAGGUUAUCACGGCUGCUGCAGGCGGGGAUAUUAAGGGUUCCACCGUCUCCAAUAUCGCGGCCGUCGCACCUAUUGAGCAACGGAGUCAUCUUUUCUACGAUGAGGAACUGCCCGUCUUUAUCGUCCUACAAAUUUUGGUUCCUUUGAGCAACGAGCUCUACGAGCACUACCUCGCCCGCCUCGCCGUUUCGUUGGAGGUCACGGCGAUCGACGGACAGAAGCAGCAACAGGGCCAUCCGGGGAGGACACAAGACUCGGUGCACCUGUUGUUUCAAACAGUCAUCAACGAAAAAGAUACGCCUAGAAUCUCGAUCGGAGAGUCGACGACGCGACUCGCGGUAUGGAAGCUACAGGUUCCACUCGGCCAUCCACGAGCCCGUCUCAACAAUCCCAAAGUGCUCCUCACCUGCUCGGCUACCUUGCGGCCUGCUGAGCUACAGAAACCGCUGUUCGAAGAUGAUUACAUGACAUCCCGACAUCCCAUGGGGGUCAACCUGCUCGAGUCGUUUGCCGAAGACCCCUUGGUGUCUAAGGCGUCCCCUCGCUUGUCGGCCCACAGAGUAUCUCGCGUCAUCCCGAUCACCCAAGCUCCGCAGCAAGCAAUCCGACCGCUGGGCUAUGCGGCGAAGAGGGCGUUCAACAUCUAUCCGGCGAUUAAUAUUCGCCUGCGAUACUCCCGGAUACCCUCUGGUAGCAGGCACAUCGUAAUCGCAUCCCUCGAUCUUGAGAUUACGCCAUUCAGCGAUUGCAAUGUCAGUAUCAACAGCGUCGACAUCACCGUAGACGGGGGCAAGGCGACAUUGGUCGGGGAUUCGCCAUCCACCGCAUUGCCGGUUACAUGUCGGCCGCGCGACGACAUGACGUUCCUCUACACCCUGACACAGAUAGAUACCGGCAGCGAGAUGACGCCUACGCAAACACCACCACCAGGCUCACAAGUCAAAGCGAUAUCGGUCAGCCUCAAAGCCACAGCACUGGUCUCUGAAACCUGCCACCCACAAAUCUACACGAACUGGACGACAACAGUAGACUUCGCACCACCCUCAGCUCCUCCGGUGUUCUCCCCCCACGCGGGAAUCCAGCGAGCCCACCGACCCCCAUCACUCGGCGCAAUCGUCCACGGCGCCACAGUCCAGGCCUCAUCCGGCAUCCCCGACGGGGGCACACAAGGCCUCACCGUGACGUUCACUGGACCGUCGCGAGUGUACGUCGGCGAGACAUUCACGUGGUCGGUCUUCGUCGUCAACCGGUCCAGCCGCACCCGGAAGCUCGCGCUGCUCAUCCCGCCGAAGCGCAAGCGUGUGGGCGACGGAAAGACACUGCCGGCUACCCCCGCGGGCGCAGACCCCCCCGAGCCCGUCAUCGACGAGUCCAUGGUCUACCAGUCGCACAAGUCGCGCUACCUGGAACCCGCGGAACUCGUCCCGUUGGUCCACGAUGUCAGAAUCGGCCCGCUCAUGCCCUCGGCCUGCCACACAACGGAGCUCAGCUUCGUCCCGCUGACGACGGGUCUACUCACCCUCGAGGGCGUUAGGGUCGUCGACCUGAAUACUAACGAAACGACUGAGUGUAAAGACUUGCCGUCGAUUGUUUCGGUCGGGAAGAGGGCGGGCGCGAGCGCGUAA